UUAACUCGACCAGCGUUAAGCAUCCAGAGACCACAACAAUGACAGCUACAACCAGACUUACCCAAUCAAAUCCAACAACUCAUAGACCACCAGACCACUCUACUGACCAGCCCAACAUAAAGUCAACAGGAAAACCUCUUGAAAACACAGUGAAUUCCACUGUCACUUCAACAGAGGUCACAUCCAAUUCCACUGUAACACAACAUGUACACACGGUAAAUUCUACUACAAAGUCACCAGAAAUCACCAGUGCGGCAUAUGAAUUGAAUUCCACUGCAACACACUGGGAAUCAAAUUCCACUGCAACACCCUGGGAAUCAAUUUCCACUGCAACACCCUGGGAAUCAAAUUCCACUGCAACACCCUGGGAAUCAAAAUCCACUGCAACACAUUGGGAAUCAACUUCCACUACAACACGUUGGGAAGCAAAUGCAACAUCAACACCUACAGCGAAUGCAACAUUUACACCACGACAUGUUGUCACCCAUGGAACAGCAAUUCCGAAAGGAACAAAUCACGAUCAGCACCACAAUCACUUUCCACAUGAUGGUUGGCAUUUUGCAGUCAUUGGCAGUGGAGCAACGCUUGGGCUUAUACUUAUCAUCCUCCUCAUCGUGUUCAGAAAGAAACUGUUUAACAGGGCAAGGCAUAAUCAAAUGAGGAAACGCAGUCAUUCAGAGAUCCAGACAUCACAAAGAAAGAAACACAAAGGAAGCAAAGUGUACAACGAUCUUGUCGGCAUGGGAUUCAAAAAUGACAAGGUCAGUGACAAUAUUGAUGACAUCUUAGCAGAAGAGACCGAGGACAGGGUCAGGAUCCAAAGAUUUAAAAUGAAUCGCAAGCCAAGUUGGGGAUUUAGUCGGAAAGGUCGGAAGGUAUCAGCAGGUGAAUCAAAAGAACAAGACAAUCAGCAGACGGUAAAGGAAACGUUUGAUCAAGGAUCUUCAGGAGACGUUGAGAGUGUUAUUGAAGACAGCACCAAUUCAUCAUAGGACUGGUUUAUACAGGACGGUGCUGCGCAACACUGCAUGGGAAUGCAACCUAACUAUAAUAACUGACAGGAGAGACGCACUUUUUAUGACAAUAUUGUUUGCAAAUAUGGCCAGUGUGUAAACUCAUGUGAAAAACAUGUGCAUUGUGGGCAUGAAACUUGUGUAUGGCAGCCAGAUUGAUUUUAAAUCAAAUAAUAUAAACUUCAGAUGAUAUUAUAACAAGAAAUUAAUAUAGCUACAUUGUAUAUUGCACUAUAUAGAUCAAGAGAAUAUAGGUAGGAUAUCCAUUUCAUCUCUGUCUAAAUGGAGCAGGACAUUUAUCUAAUCAAGAUUUGCAUGAACAAGAGACUAAGGAUGAGCAGAUAUGUGAAUAUCCUGAUGUUUGAAAAAAGAUUACAUUCAUCAUCGCAUUUGAUGUACAUGUAUCUCGCAUUGGUGUCAAUAUCUGGUAUUUUUCGUGAUGUCUGGAUAGUGAUAAGCUAUAAGUGAGAAAAAAGAUAUCUUGUGUGCAGGUAAAACUGCUUCUUAUGUGGUUAUUAUUGCAUGCAAUCAUGAUCGCAGUGAUUUAAAUCAGUCGUUUGUGGGGCCUUUAGGAAUGCUGUAGUACUAUGAAUAUGCAGGGGUGAAACGAGGAGAACCAGUAGUAUUUACACUAUACCUGAAAACAACCAUCAAAAAAUCUUGCCAGGUGAGAAAAUAGUUCCCAAUAAGUGGCAUAUCUACGACUUUUUAUAGACCAAUUUGAUCUCAUGCUAAGUUUGUAGUGUGUUUAUGCAUGGAAAUGUACAAUGAUUUGAGCAGGAUUUGAUGAAAUUUUUAAACUAACCUGAUCACAGUCAGUGAUGUGGAAUAUAUUGAAUUUGUAGCGUGUGUUAGCUUUUUGCCAGAUGACUUAAUCAAUCAUUCAUGUCAGAUAGCAUAAUCACUUGGGAUGAAAAAUAUUUUGAAUAACCAUCUCUUAUUGAUAGAUACACUUCUUGUUCAGCUAUAUUGAAUAUAUGAGGU